AUGGACGCCAACUUCUCCAUCUCUCUGAAUAGAUCCAAUGAGAUGCUCCAUGAAUCUACUGGCUACACUGCUCUGCACAUUGUCUUAUGGGUGAUUCAAGGGAUCACCUUUGUUCUUGGCAUCCUGGGCAAUGGGCUUGUGAUCUGGGUGGCUGGAUUCCGGAUGGCACGCACGGUCACCACCUUGUGUUACCUGAAUCUGGCCAUAGCGGAUUUCUCUUUCCUGACCACUCUGCCAUUCCUCAUGGUGUCAAGUAUCAUGAAAAAGCAAUGGCCUUUUGGCUGGUUCCUGUGCAAGUUGAUUUACACAGUAGUGGACAUUAACUUGUUUGGGAGCGUCUUCCUCAUUGCUUUCAUUGCUCUGGACCGCUGUAUUUGUGUCUUGCACCCCGUCUGGGCCCACAACCACCGCACCGUAAGUCUGGCUACAAAACUGGUCCUUGUGCCCUGGAUUCUUGCACUCAUCCUCACCUCGCAAAUUUUCAUCUUCGUGACGAUAGUAAAUGAUCCAAUAGGGAAUGUGUACUGUGCUUUCAACUUUGCACCAUGGGCUGACACCCCUCAAAAGUUGCUGAAGGUGGUCUCCACUGUGAUGACAGCUAGAGGGGUCAUCCGGUUUGUCAUUGGCUUCACUAUGCCAAUGUCCAUCGUCGCCAUCUGCUACGGGCUCAUUGCUAUCAAGCUCUAUAAAAAAGGCAUGAUUAACUCCAGCCGUUCCUCAAAGGUUCUCACCGCUGUUGUGGUUUCCUUCUUUGUUUGUUGGUUCCCCUUUCAACUGGUGGCCCUUCUGCACACAGUUUGGAUCAGAGAGAUAUUGCUCGGAAGAAUGUACAAAGCCCUUGAUAUCCUGACUAGCCUACUGGAAGCCUUGGCCUUCUUCAACAGCUGCCUCAACCCAAUGCUCUAUGUCUUCAUUGGCCAAGACUUCCGAAGGACACUGAUCCACUCUCUGCCUGCCAGCCUGGAGAGGGCCAUGACCGAGGACUCGGCCCCAGCCAGUGAUACAACCAACAAAUCUGCUUCGCCUCCUAUAGAGGCUGAGUUACAGGCCAUGUGA